CGAGGAGCUUCUGGAGCAUCACAAGCAGCUGCUUUCGCUCCAGAUCGCAGAGGCAAACACUACAAAUCACGCCAUGGCGCCGUCGACCAAGACCUUCAACGCCGAUGAGGCGGACAAUCUCGAAGAUAUUGAGAAGCAGUUCGCCGUCAAGGCGGUCCAGCACAUGCAGACGUACUGGUCCAUCCUCGAGCGGGUCAAGGGCUCGUCGCUGCGCCUGACCAGGCUGGACGACGAGAUCUACGAGCACCUCAAGCGCGACUUCCCCGAGUUCGACCCCGCCGAGACCAUCGACGAGGACAAGAUGAAGAGCAAGGAGGGCAAGGAGCGGUGGCGCACCUUCAUGAUGGCCUACGAGAAGAAGGUGGACGACUACAACUUUGGCACCGUGCUGCGCUCGAACCCGAAGUGGGAGUAUGGCAAGGACGAGACCAUUUUCGUGCCGAGGAUGCAGUUCUAUGCUGUUGAGAUUGCGAGGAACAGGCUGGGCCUGAACGACUGGAUUUACGAGCAGGCGCAAAAAGAGAAGGCUGAGGCGGCAAAAUCUAGCUCAUGAUAAUUUGCAUGACAUUUUGAGGAAGUACCCCCCUUAUCGCUGAUUUAUCGGGCCUCGAGUGAAAUGUGGUGGGUGGGUGCGCCUCCUGCCCGGAAUGCCCUUUUCAGCCCUUAGUAUUGUUCCCCUGGCUCGGCCCCUGCGAUGGUGCGAGCAUAAUACUAAGAGCAAACAAAGCCUCCCGCGGCACCGGGGAUUGGUAUUCUACGCAGCGGAUGCAUCGGACUGCAGGAAGCCAUUCUUCGAU